AUGCCCGACGAAGGCGCCCCUCGUGGGCUCUCACAAAAGAUUGACAAGAAGCGCAAGAGACAGGCUGAUGAGUCCGCUGUCUCCAAGCAAGACAAGUCCGACGCAGCUCCGCCGCCAGCCGAUGCACCCAACAAGAAGAAGAAGAAGGCAAAGAAAAACAAGAAGGAACAGUCGGAGCAGGACGUGAACCGCAAGGAUGGUGUUGAUGAGUCCAUUGGCAAGAUGGACGGCCGAUUGCUGGCAGAUCACUUUGCGCAGAAAGCAAAGAAGCUGGAUAAAGAGCUGUCGGCGGUGGAAUUGAGUGAUCUUUCUGUUCCUGACUCUGCUUUUCUUGAUGCGUCCUCGUUUUCCUCGUCUCGAAGCCUGGAUCAGCUUCCUACAUUUCUCAAGUCAUUCAGCCCGAAGGGUGUCGAUCUGUCCAAGUCUGCCAAGGAGCCUGGCACGCCUCAUACACUUGUGGUAACUGCGGCUGGCCUGAGAGCCGCCGAUAUGGUGCGAGCACUGCGAUCUUUCCAGAACAAGGAGUCUAUAGUGGGCAAGCUCUUUGCCAAGCAUAUCAAGCUGGAAGAAGCCAAGCAGUUCCUUCAGCGAGCUCAAAUGGGAAUUGGUGUUGGUACGCCCACCAGAGUGUCUGAUUUGAUCGAGUCUGGUACUCUCAAAGUGAAUGAGCUGCAGCGCAUCGUCAUUGACGGAUCCUACAUUGAUCAGAAACAGAGAGGAAUUUUUGACAUGAAGGACACUCACCUGCCCCUUUUGCGGCUUCUAACCCGUUCAGAGCUCCGGGAACGCUACGGGAAAACGAAGUUGCAGAUUGUGGUCUUUUGA